AGGGGGAGAUAGAAGUGCAGUUGCAUUCCUGGAGAGAGAGCUCCCUGGCCCUUCCUCCUCCUUCCUCCUCCUUCCACUCUCUUCCCUCUUGGUCUCCCAGCCGGCGGCGGCAGAGAGGGAUUUUUAACCCGGGCUGCAGAUGCGGGGAACUGGGCUGCAGAGUGAAAGAGACACUGGUAGUCCGUAGGGAAGUUGUGGAAAGGAGGCUCAGAGCAAAAUUUAAACGCAUUCGAAAGAGUUUGGAGUUUGUUGUCGGACGCCUCGGGCGGUAACAUUUGAUUAAGUGUACUUUUCGGGUUACAUCCGUGCUCAUGGGUUCCCAUCGGACGGUCCGAGCCGGCCGGACAGCGCUGCUCUUCGCGGGGCUGCUCCUCGCUCUGUGGCAGACCAGCGGAGCAAGUUGCCCGGAGAAAAACUUGGAAGACAGGGAAGAGGAAGCCAACAUAGUUUUGACCGGCACCGUGGACGAAAUAAUUAACAUGGACCCGGUGCAUAAUACCUACUCAUGCAAGGUAAGGGUGUGGCGCUACUUGAAAGGGAAGUCCAAUGUUAACCGUGAAAUUCUCCUGGAUGGCGGCAACAAGGUGAUGAUCGGUGGCUUCGGCAACCCCGGCAUCUGUGACAACCAGGUAGCCACGGGCGACACUCGCAUAUUCUUUCUCAACCCUGCCCCGGAGUCCAUGGGACCAGAACACAAGAAUGAACUUAUGCUCAACUCCAGUCUGAUGAGGAUUACCCUGCGCAACCUGGAGGAUGUGGAGCACUGUGUUGAAGACAAACCUCCUCACUUCACACCGGCCCAGCCCCCUGAUGGCUGUAGGGGAAUGCUGUGUGGUUUUGGCGCUGUAUGUGAGCGUGACCCAACUGACCCGGCCAAGGCAGAGUGUGUUUGCAAGAGACUGGAAUGUCCAUCCUUGGUGGCGCCUGUAUGCGGCUCAGAUUCAUCCACCUACUCCAACGAGUGUGAGCUGGAGAAAGCCCAAUGCAACACACAGCGACGCAUCAAGGUGCUGCGCAAGGGACCCUGCUCUCUGAAGGACCCUUGUACUGAGGUGAUCUGCAGCUACGGCAGCACCUGUGUCCAGUCAUCAGAUGGCUUGUCGGCUAAAUGUAUGUGCCCCCUCGGCUGCGAGGGCAAGCCCGAGGAGACAGUGUGUGGCAGUGAUGGAAAAGACUAUCGCAACGAGUGUGAGCUCCAUCAGCACGCCUGCAAGACCCAGAAGAACAUUCGUGUGCAAUACCAAGGGCACUGUGACCCAUGUAAAGACAACGAGAACAGUCUGAAAUCGAUUUGCCGGGUGGAGACUCUCACCCGCCAGCCCCUCAUGUUUGGCCUGCCAGAGUCGUGCCCCCCGGGAAAUGAGCCUCUGUGCGCCAGCGACGGUCAAACCUACACCAGCGAGUGCGCCAUGACAGCGACGGGGCUACAAAAGAGCAUCAAGCUCAAGAAGAUCCACGCAGGACGAUGCAGACGGCUGGAGGAAUGUAAGGAAGAGUGUCUGUUCAACGCUGUGUGUCUGGUGGAGCAACUGAACACCCGCUGCUCAUGCGAUCCCAUUGAGUGCGACAGCACCUACAAGCCAGUGUGCGGCAAGGACGGUCAAACCCACACCAACGACUGUAUGCGACGCAAGGCAGAGUGUUUGAGCAAGACCCUCAUCCCCAUCAAGCACCCUGGGCCCUGUGAUCUCAACAUACCGAGCCCGUGCUUGGAUAAGGUGUGCGACCAUGGGGCGAUGUGCGUGGUCAAGAACAACGAGCCGGUGUGCGAGUGCCCCGAGGCCUGCCCGCAAACGUCUGACCCGGUGUGCGGCUCCGACGGCCACAGCUAUGGCAGCCCCUGCGAGAUGCGAGCAAUGGGUUGCGCUCUUCAGAGGGCCAUCCACAUCCAGCACAAAGGACCCUGCGAUGAGACUUGUGCCAACUGCUCUUUUGGGGCAAUCUGCGAUGCCCAGAGCGGGCAGUGUGUGUGUGCAUCAGAGUGUGUGGAGUCCCACCAGCCUGUGUGUGGCAGUGAUGGCACCACCUACAACAGCGAGUGUGAGCUACACGUGCGGGCCUGCAAAGAACAGAUGGACCUCCGAGUGGUUAGCCAAGGAGAGUGCAAAACAUGCGGCAGCACUGUUUGUGCUUGGGGCGCCCGGUGUGUCCAGAAUAAGUGUGAGUGCCCACAGUGCUCAGACGAGGCCUUCUCCCCGGUGUGUGGAAGUGAUGGCACCACCUACAACAACAAGUGUGAACUCCGCAUGUCUUCUUGCAUGCAGAAGAGGAGAAUUGAUGUGACAAAGCCCGGCAGCUGUGAUGAAGACUGUGGUUCAGGAGGGUCAGGCUCAGGCGUAGAGAGCUGUGAACAGGACCGCUGCCGCAUGUUUGGAGGCUCGUGGGAUGAGGAUGCAGAGGAGGACCGUUGCGUCUGUGACUUCACCUGCCAAAGUGUGCCUCACAACCCGGUUUGUGGCUCUGAUGGGAAAAACUACAGCAACGAGUGUGAGCUGAAGAAGGCCAGAUGUGAGAAACAAGAGCACUUGUUGAUUCAGAAUCAGGGACCCUGUGCAGUGAUUUCAGCCACAUCUCUGCCUGAGCUGACAGCACCCCAGCACUGCAGUCUGUCUGUGUACGGCUGCUGCUCCGACAACAUGACGGCUGCCUUAGGAGUCGGACUGGCUGGAUGUCCCAGUACCUGUCAGUGUAACGUCUAUGGCUCCUACAAGAGGACAUGUGACCCGACCACCGGUCAGUGUUCCUGUAAGCCAGGGGUCGGGGGACAGAAGUGUGACCGCUGUGAGCCGGGCUUCUGGAACUUCCGUGGCAUUGUGACGGAGAACAUGAGCGGCUGCACACCAUGUAACUGCGAUGCCACAGGCUCCGUCCGGGACGACUGCGAGCAGAUGUCGGGUCUGUGUUCCUGCAAGACGGGAGUGAAGGGCAUGAAGUGCAACGUGUGUCCAGAUGGAAGCAAGAUGGGCAUGAAUGGCUGCGACAAAGGUCCCGAGGCUCCGACUUCAUGUGAAGAGUUAGUGUGCAGUUUUGGGGCUACUUGCAUUGAAGUGGAUGGCCAAGCACACUGUGAGUGCCCUUCACCUGACUGCGAUGAGAAAAACAAAACUAAGGUGUGUGGCUCAGAUGGGGUGACCUAUGCUGACCAGUGCCAGCUGAGGACCAUAGCCUGUAGGCAAGACAAGGACAUCACAGUGCAACACUUCGGACAGUGCACAGAAACCAUCUCCGAGCUGGCAGAGCGAACUACCCCCAACCCCCUCACCACCACCCCCAGCUCAACUGCCGCCUCCAUCACCACCGCCGCACCCCUCCAUCCAAACAUGGUGUGGGCCAUCCCGCCUCCAAGGACAGCCGAGACAGAGACCACCGAGCGGCCUCCGGCCACCACCCCCUUUUCCACCCCCACCCACAACCGCGCCCGAGCAAACCACCACCACUCCAUCCACACCCAGCCUCAGCCGCCGCAGUCAACCGCUGCCACCACCUCCUCCUCCCGCAGCAGCCCUGCCCCCUCCGCAGCAGCCUCCUCCUUUGAGGGUUCAGGCAGUGGAGAGCCAAGUGGGGAUGACCAGACCGAAGAGGAGGAGGAACAGGAAGAGGAAGCGGGUAGCGGUGUUCCAACAGAAGCCAGUGGGGCAGAGGAGCCUGUCGGUCCCACAAUGGCGAGCACCACUGUACCCACUGAAGACAGGUCAUCCUGUGACAACACAGAGUUUGGCUGCUGUCCUGACGGCAAGACACCAUCCAGCACUCCAGAGGGCGCCAACUGCCCCUCCACCAUGAGGUUCAGCGGUUACCUGCACUUGGACCAGGUGGAGGGCCAAGAGAUUUUCUAUACCCCAGAGAUGGAGGACCCUAAGUCGGAGUUGUUUGGAGAGACAGCCCGCAGCAUAGAGAGCGCUCUCAAUGAGUUGUUCAGGAAGUCAGAGGUGCACAAAGACUUCAUGAGCGUUCGUGUCCGUAACCUGGCACCCAGCAACUCCAUCCUUGCCUUUGUGGAGGCUCACUUCAAACCAGAUACAAGAUACAGAGUGGAGGACAUCGAAGGAGCCCUGCUGAAACAGCUGAAGGCCUCCAAAGAGACCAGCAUCGCCGUGAAGAAGCCAGAGGACGAGAAUAUUCGCUUCACCAAUUAUGGCCUGUCCUCCAUCCCCUUCUUCACCACCACUACUACCACCCCAGCGUCUGUCACCACAGCUGCUCCCACCACCACCACCACCACCAGGCCUCCUCCGACCCCCUACAUCACUCGUCGCCCGCCAGGCACUACCCGCAGGCCCUUCAAUGGCAGGCGUACCACCACAACCGCAGCACCAGUUACCACACCACCACCCCCCACCACCACCAGCACCACCACCACAGCAGCUAUCACCACGACCGCACUGCCUCCAGCUACCACCAUCACCCAUGUCAGAGGCAAGCCUCAUCACAAAGUCCAGAAGCCAUGCGACUCCCACCCCUGCCUCCACGGGGGCACCUGCGAGGAUGACGGCAACGACUUCAGCUGCAAGUGUCCCGCCGGACGAGGAGGCUCCGUGUGUGAGAAGGUGAUCAAGUACUUCAUCCCGUCAUUUGGAGGCCAGUCCUACUUGGCUUUCCAAACCAUGAGCGCCUACCACACGGUCCGCAUCGCCAUGGAGUUCAGAGCAUCUGAGAUGACCGGCCUCCUGCUCUACAACGGCCAGGAUGGCAAGAAGGACUUCAUCUCUCUGGCUCUGGUCAACGGCAGGGUGGAACUCAGGUUCAACACAGGUUCUGGCACAGGAACAGUGCUGAGCAAGGUGCAGAUCAAUCAGGGCCGCUGGCACCAGCUGGUGGUGACUCGCAAUCGCCGAAAUGCCAUGCUCAGCGUGGACAAUGAGCCGCACGUCGAGGGUGAGAGUCCACGUGGCACAGAUGGCCUUAACCUCGACACUAACCUCUUCAUUGGAGGAGUUCCUGAGGACAUGAAGCAAGAUGUAAGGGAAAGGACAGCAGUGGCCACUGGUCUGGUUGGCUGCAUCCGCUUGCUGGAUGUCAACAACCGAGUGCUCAACUUACAGGAGAAUGGGGGUGACAGUCUGUAUGGCAGUGGCGUGGGUGAAUGUGGCAACAACCCUUGCCAGCCAAAUCCUUGUAAGAACGGUGGCGCAUGCCAGGUCAAGGAAGCCGAGAUGUUCCACUGCAAGUGCAGCAAAGGAUUCUGGGGUCCAACUUGUGCUGAUGUCCAUGACCCAUGCGAGCCCAACAGGUGUCAUCCAUCCUCCCAGUGCCAGGCGCUACCUGAGGGAGGCUACAAAUGCGAGUGUCCCAUGGGACGUGAAGGGAGGCACUGUGAAAAAGUGGCUGAGAGGAGAGGGGCUUACAUGCCACUAUUCAAUGGAGACUCUUACCUGGAGCUGAAGGGGCUCCAUCUCUACGGACACGAUCUGCGUCAAAAGGUCAGCAUGACUGUGGUUCUCAAGGCCAACGACUCCAACGGUUUGAUCUUCUACAACGGCCAAAAAUCGGACGGAAAAGGAGACUUCAUCUCUCUGUCCCUCAAUGAUGGCAUCCUGGAGUUCCGCUAUGACCUGGGCAAGGGACCCGCCACCAUCAGGAGCAAAGAACCAAUCCAGCUGAAUGUGUGGAACACCAUCAACCUGGAGCGCUCCAACCGCAAAGGAGAGAUCAUGGUGAAUAAGAAGGACCCUGUCCGUGGAGAGGCACCGAAUCUGCACGUAGAUCUUAACCUGAAAGAGUCUCUGUUCGUUGGCGGAGCUCCUGAUUACAGCCGACUAGCAAGAGUGGCUGCUCUCACGGACGGCUUCAAGGGAACAAUCCAAAAGAUCAUUCUAAUGGGUACACCCAUCCUCAAAGAAGAGAACGCCCUACGCUCCAGCAACGUAGCCAUGUUCCAGGACCACCCAUGUUCUCAGGAGCCCUGCCACAAUGGUGGGCAGUGCCACCCCCAGCUGGACACCUACGAGUGCACUUGUCUCAGUGGUUUCACAGGGGGACACUGUCAGAACACCAUCUACGAGAAGUCUGCCGGAGAGACUGAGGCCAUCGCCUUUGACGGGCGGACGUUCAUUGAGUACCACAACGCUGUUACAAAGAGUGAGAAGGCUCUGCUGGUGAACAAAUUUGAGCUGAGCAUCCGAACAGAGGCGACCCAGGGUCUGGUGCUGUGGAGCGGAAAAGGCGUGGAGCGUUCAGACUACAUCGCCCUGGCCAUCGUGGACGGACACGUCCAGAUGACGUACGACUUGGGGUCCAAGCCUGUGGUGCUGCGCUCCUCAGUGCGUGUCGACACUAAUCGCUGGAUACGCAUCAAGGCCAGCAGAGCACUUAGAGACGGCUCUCUACAGGUUGGCAAUGAGGCAGCAGUAACAGGGUCGUCGCCUUUGGCAGCAACACAGCUGGACACAGACGGAGCACUCUGGUUGGGUGGUCUGGAGGAGCUGGCGGUGGCCCGUCGGUUGCCCAAGGCCUACAGCACCGGCUUCGUUGGCUGCAUCAAAGAUGUGGUGGUGGACGGCGUGGAGCUCCACCUGGUGGAGGACGCCUUAAACAGCCCCAAAAUAUUACAUUGUUCCGCCGCCAAAUAACCCGGCAGAGACAAAAUAUAGAGAGAAAUGGGGAAAAAAAAAAAGAAAACCCUCCCACCCGCUCCCUCCAUAGCGCUCAUGUCUCCUGCUGUAAUUAUUUUCUAUUUUUGUAUACUUUUCAUUGCUUUUUAUAUGGAAAGAAAAUGAAUAUGUUGUUUUAAUUUUGUUUUAUUUGUUUUAUAUAUUUUGUUCUUUUUUUUUUUUUAAUCUGCACCUCCGUUCACAGAACACACUUUCCUUUUCCUUACUGCCUUUGCUCUUUUUUCAUAAAACAAACAGGCAUCUCUGUGAAAAAGAGAUAUUUUACUCUUGUCAGUUUUGUUGUUUUAAAACAAACGCCAACUUAAAAAAAUGCUUUUUCUCGCUCAUUACUUGAACACUGGUGGACCUUGCUGAUGAUCUCUGGUUACUGCCUUGUCUUGGUGCCAUAAUCAAUCGUCCACAUUCCCCAAGCAUGGCCUAUACAUCCAUGACUAUAUAGACAUACAUUCCCCUGCAAGAGCUGGACGCAGUGUACACUGUAGCUGGUGUGUGCAGUUCUUCAGUUCUGCAGCCAGCUGGCAUCUACUGUCAAGACUCUGUAUUCAGCCCCGGUAACCCACUAUAUUUAACUAAUGGGACUUUUCAGAUAUCAGUCAAGCUGCUACAUUGAGAAAGUACACAGUCAAAACCACUCGAUCAACCCCCAUCUCACAGCGUCAGAAAAGAAAAAAAAAGAGAAGAAAAAACUCUACACUCGAUCUGAAUCCCAUCAGAGGCUUUAGUUUUGAAAUAUGACUCACUAACACUACAAGCCGACAUGGCGGAGAGAGCGCUGCGUUCCACAAUGACUCGCAUAUCAUUAGUCAUAAGUCAAGACAUGAAUCAUAGACAUGAAUAAAUGUUAUAAAUAUAGAGUAUAUAAAUAAUACCUGAGACUGUGAAUAUGUAAGAUGGGCUCUCUUUGGAGAAUUGUGCGUCUCAUGUACUAUUGUGCGUUCUGUUUUACAAUCAGCAGAUGAAUUAAUGAUGACCACUAUAAAUGCAUGCACUUCUGCAGUGUUGGUUUGAAUCUGGAUUUUGUUUGUUUUUUUAUUUUCAUUUUGUUCCAAAACAAAAAAAACUCUCUAAUUUGAAAAAUGUCACUGUUUUUGUUUUGUUUUUGUUUUCUUUGCAUUGACUAAAACAGGUUCCUUUUUUCUCUGAUUUCCACUGAUGUAAUUUCAGAAACUACAGAGUAAUGUUUUAUGCUUGUUCAUUCCCUGUAUCUUUUUUGGUCUUUUUUAUUUUUCUUGGGAGCAGUUAGUUUUGCAGGACCUUGAAUGGUGCAUAAGGGGAAGAGUUGUUACCAUAUCUGACCUUAAGGAGGUGCUGAGAGCAAAGACUGAAGAGAAGGACAGACAGAGAGGAAACAAGGAGAGAUCUUAUCGUGGGGAGAGCUGCUACUCCUGGGAAUGACCUGUCAAACAACAGUCAACACAAACAAAAAAGCUUCAAAAAAAAAAAAAACUCUGCCUGAGACUUAAUUUCUUUUCGUAUUCGACCUAGGAACAUUCCUGGAGGAGUCUUUUUUUCGGCUGAUGAGAGAGAGAGAGAGACUGUGAUGUUGUUGUGACCUUUUGAAGCCAUAACAGCCACAAAAAUGGGAAAAGAUGCAUAAUCCUACAGUACUUGCAAAAUAACAUAGCAACGCAUGAGUUUGUAUUACUAGUGCGAAUUCUGUAACAGUGAACUGAUGCAACGUGGAGUCGUCUUUGCUGAACCACAAUAAGCUGCGUUGACUGACUUAAAGACACUCUUGUUUUGAUAUGAGAAACUUGGCAAUAUUCUAAGACAAAAUCAUGCCUGUUCGUGGUUGAGUAUCAAAUGGUCUUGUACUAUUUUUUUUUCUUUAUUAAGUUCUUAAUUAUGUUUCCCUUCUUCAAUCAUCAAGCAACCUGUUUUUGUACAGCCCUGCAAUUUUUAAGUGUAAGUUUAGCAAAUGUGUGAUCUGUGGAGGUUAAUGUUUUAGUAAUAUACACUGGAACCAUGUCUGACUUGUCUGUUCACCCACACGAUGAUAUACUUAAUGUACAUGGGGGAGGAAUAGCCCUAAAGCUAUAACUGUGUUGUGUGUAAUCAAGCUCCAAGUGUCCACACCAGGACCAGACCAGGAAACCCUCCUCUGGUGUCUGGAGACACAUUUAAAUUCCAGCACUCACUCUAUUAACCUUAGACUGGUCUUAUUUUACCACGCUGUUUGAAAUUUGACGCAUUCAGGUGGUAACGCUUAAUACAGAAGAGAUUCUUGUGUAUUUGGAUGGACUCAAGAACAGUAAAGACAAUUACAGUCUAUGGUUUGGGUGAAAACUAUGAAUUGCCUUAAAAACCGGUCACCUCGACUCUGAGCAGGUGACACAGACGUCAUCCAUAUAACUGUUUCCUUUCUUUAGCCAGUGUAUUAGCCUCAUCCCCAUAAUGUAAAUGAGUAAUACAUAACAAUAAUGAUAAAUAUAUUAGUAAUAAUGCUCAUACACAAAAAAUUCCAGGGGGCCUCUGCAAACGUCCUCUCUGGCUUUUUACAAAACAUCUUCUAUUUACUGUUUUUUGAAUCUAUUUUCUUUUUCUUAUUUAUGUCUACAUGUGGAAUACCCUCCAUGUCUGGCCUCUGUAAACUACUGUUUGACUGCGCAAACCUCCUCAAAGGGCAGUGCACCAAGUAAGAGUGGCAUGACCUGAACAUUACUAACUUUAUGACCUUUGUCUUGUGUUCCUACCACCAUGAAAUAAAAUGUCAACCAAAUGGA